AUGACAUCACAACAUGCAAGGGUAAAUAUUCAAGAUUACCACAAUUUAUGUGAUCAAGCAGUCGCAAUGGGAGUCCCUAGAGAAGUACUACUAUGGGAUCAGGAGGCCAAAGAGCGGUAUGUGGAGUACGCUAAGAGAGGAACACAGACAGUCCACCACGCCCGGGGGAUGAUUGUAGGAUGUGCUGGGGCGGGGAAAACCACGCUACUUAAACGUCUGCUCGGAUGUACUGAAGAAGAGAUUAAGGAAGUAAAAUCUACUGAGGGCCUAGAGGUGCAUGAGGAAAUAUUUGAUAUAUAUGAAGAAACAAGAUCAUUAAAAGCAAAGAAAAGCAAGGACAACAAUGCGAAAGGAUUUACUACAAAUGUUGACUCAAAGACUCUGACGUUCUUUGACUUUGGAGGACAGUGUGCGUACUACGCCUGUCACCAGAUCUACCUGACCAGGAGAGCUUUCUAUGUUGUGGUGGUGGACGCCUCUAAACGUCUUGACCAAAAGGUGGAUAAGGCAGUGUGUGAUCAAGAUGGUAGUGUGUUCUCUGGAUGGACCUAUGGAGACUACUUUGUUUUUUGGAUAAAGUCUAUACAUACCUACUGUGGUCCUGACUACGAAAAAGAUACAAAACCCAUAGUUCUUAUUGUGGCCACUCAUUGGGAAGAAGGAAACAGACAAUUCAAG